GCCCUUCCCCAGCAGCUCCCCCAGCCCCUGCCGCCGAGCGGGGCUCUCCACGCCGAGGAGGAGGAGGAGGAGGAAGGACAGGGGGCCCCAUCCCUCGGCGCAGUGACCCUGGCCGGGCGCAGGAUGUGUCCCCUGGGCUGGCUGGGAGUGGCCAGCCUGUGCCUGGGGACACUUUGGGCUGUCCCAGCCAAGGAGAGGAGGAAAGCGGAGAAGCCCAAGGCUGACCUGACCCUCUAUGAAAACCCGGAUUUGGACAACUACGACCUGACCUUGGAUAACUACGGGGAGAUCCUGGACCUGAGCAACUACGAGGAGCUCUACGACUACGGGGACCUUGUCCCGAAGAUCGAGGUUGGCACCUUGGCUCCUCGCCCCAAGGACCCCAAAACCCACCCAGAGCUGGGUGAAACCACAGCUGGAACCCCAAAACCGCAGCCCCCGAGCGGCGCUGGCCCCGCGCCCCCAGCGCCCAUCCCCGGGCAGGGCCUGCCCAGCUGCCUGCUGUGCCUGUGCCUCGGCACCUCGGUGUACUGCGACGACGCCGACCUGGAGCAGAUCCCGGCGCUGCCCCCGGACACCGCGUACCUGUACGCCCGCUUCAACCGCAUCGCAGCCAUCCGUGCCCGAGACUUCUCCGGCCUCGGUGCGUCCCGGUCAGCGGGACCCACGGGGAAAAUCCCUCCCGGCAGAGUUAGGGUAGAGCAGUUAAAAAUCAGGAACAACAACAUCCAGACGAUGCACGAGGACACGUUCUGUGACAGCCAGGACCAGGGCCAGAUCCGCCGGGCGCUCGAGGACAUCCGCCUGGACGGGAACCCCAUCAAUCUCAGCCUCUUCCCCAACGCCUUCUUCUGCCUGCCCCGCCUGCCCACCGGGCGCUUCUCCUGAGCCCCCGAGCUGGAAAUGCAGGAAAAUAUUCCCAGAUCCCGUCCCAGAGCGCUCGGCCCCCGCUGCUCCCUGGGAAAUGUGGAUAACGUGGGGGUGUCUCACCCCAGUGUGAGCUCGGUGCUGGGGCAAACACAGCGGGGAGUAAUGAAAUAAAAAUAAAAUGAAG